UCGUCUUCGAUCCAUAUCAUGAGUCAUUUGCUCAAGUCCACUGUAAAUACAACAACAUCCUACUACUUCCAUCAUCGCCUUCUACUAACAUUCCAAUCUCAUUCGGGUCCUUAUCUGUGACUCUAUUUAUACCCGUCUUUAGACUUUAUCCAAGACCCGGAUCCUGGACCCUAAUUAUACUGAUAUCGCGGCACGGCAAUUUGACAGCAUGGCCACGUCAAACUACCUCACCCGCCAAUACACAGCAGAACACUUUGUCGAAUCCAGCGGCGCUAUCCUGUUCGACCUCUCGCACAAGCCCCGUCAGGUAUGCUUGAUUAAUUACAAGCCCCAUGAAAAGGACGACGAGUGGCUUCUGGCCAAGGGGCGCCGAAAUGUAGGCGAAUCGCGGCUUGACGCCGCGCUGAGAGAAGUCAGAGAGGAGACGGGGUACAAUUGCUCCAUUCAUCCAGUCACCAUGCGCACCCGUGCUCCGCAGAGUACUGAGGCGGCUAACAUCCCGGAUCAAACUCGACUGUAUACCAACAUCUGCGAGCCUUUUAUGCUUUCUAUACGAGACUUGAAGAACGACGGCGCAGGAUCUGAAGGAGUGAAGAUUAUUUGGUGGUACAUUGCCACGACGACGACGGCGGCGGGGCCGGCGGGGGCAGGGGACCAACAUGCUCGUGGUAGAACCAAGUUGCCAGAAGGCAGAGGUAGAGGUGAUGAAAGUAAAAGUAAAAGUGAAAAAGAUUUUCGCGCAGAAUUCUUCACAUACAGCGAAGCAUUGGCGAAACUUACGUUCCAGGAUGACCGUUGUGUUUUGGCGCGGGCGAUUGAGUUGGUGGAGAUGCAGCAGGAGCAGCAGGAGCAGCUCGGAGGGACCAGAGACUAGGGACUAGGGACUAGGGACUGGGGAAUAGGGAAUUGGAAAUAGGGACUAGGGAAUAGAGACUACGGAGCUAACAAAGGCAUGAACGAUAUUUUGAACAGCAGGAGUUGCAGGCAAUUUGAAGGAAUUUACUAUAUGUACAUAAACUAUUCAAGUAUGAG